GGCUCUGCGGCGCGGCCCGGACAGGGGCUCGGCGGCCCUGCAGGGAGGGUCAAGGUGCCGGCGCCGGGUCCCCUCCAGCCCUCGUGGCAGUCGGUGCGCUGUGUGGGGCGGAGAGGGGCCCGGGGUGGGUUUCGGGGCGCGGGCCAAGGGGAGCGAGCCCGGCCCGCGGCUUCAGCGCUCCGCGGCCGGCGCGGAAGGGGUGAGGCUGGGCGUCCGCGCGAGCUUCGAGAAAAGGAAAGACAAAAAGUUUUGGCGGCCAGGGGCUUCCCGGGCGUUUAUCUCGAAACUCUUUUCGCCGUCUCUUGCCUGAAAUAUGCCGAGCCCGGUACGGCUCUGUCGUCCCACUUCCUGCUGCGGUUUCCACCUCGAGCUGGGCUCAGCUAAUUUGUUGUGACAGCUGUCGGCAGCCGCCCCUCCGCCCCGUGACAUCCCGCAGGUUUCAGAACCGCGGCGCCGCCGGGCACAGACUCCGGGUCCGGAGCGCGCGGCCCUUUCCUCUGCGGCCGCCGUUUCCUGAAAGGGGCUGCGCGGGUGUGAAGAACUUGCUCAAUGCGCUUUGUAGGCUCCACUGUUCCUCUUUCGGCCGCGGGCUGCGCCGAUGGUCCGGGGAGCCCGGCUUCUCGCCCCCUGCCCCUUCCUUCUCUUCCUUUCUCUCUUUUCCUCUCCUGUCUCUCCGCCCACCCGCCGCAGCCCCGCAGGAGAGGGGUCGCUUCCCUGGUUGCUCUCCUCUCCUGUCCCUUGUGUGUCCCCUUGUCUUCCCUCGGUCUGCAGAAGGGACGGGGUGGCGGCUGGGGAGCGUCGGGGGAAGAGGGCAAGAGCGUGGGCUACGAGCUUGCAGGCGAUGCCCGGCUUCGCGCUCGGCGGGAGCUGCGGGCCAACCCGGGCCCGCGCUCCGUCCCUCCGCGGUGUCUAGGGGUCGCCCGGGCUGGGGUCGCGUCACCCUCCGCCCAGCGCCGGCGUGGUGGGGCUUGCGCGGUGCAGGACCCCCGAGGGCCCAGGGGGUCCCAAGGCGCUGCGGGUCCAGUGUCCCUUUGUUUGCAGAGUCUUGGGCCAGUAAGGAGUGCUCCGCGGGCCCCAGGGGAGGACAACAGGUGCCUCUUGCCCCACCCGGGCUCCUCUGGUGGGAGCCCACACGCACGGUGGCGUCACUGCGCCUACAGGCAACGCUAGAGCACAGGAGGGGUGGGAGAUCGGGGCUCGAGGGCUUCACCCCGCAGCAGAGCUCAGAGCCCAGUCCAGGCCUUAGGGACUCGCCUGGGGCCUAGAACUUGGUGUGGCAGAGGUAGAAAGGGCCUCCGAUAAUCUGCUUCUACAGUUGAGAGACGUCAACUGGCACCUCUGAGCCUCUGCCCCGUAGGUGAAAUGGGAACACACGAAACCAUCUGAUGAGCUCUCACUGUCCGUCACUACCAAAUGUGGCCCAGACUCAGUGGGGAGGGACAGUCCCAUCCUGGAACUGGGGCUUUUAGGACAUCCCAGAGCCCGGUAAGAGGGACAGGGAGAGUGGGGCUUGGAAAUUGGUAGCCUCACAUUCAGUGUCCCCCGCACCUCCUUCCCUUUCUGUACCCUCUGGUGGCUCUUGUGGCCUCAGCUGCUCCCAGACCCUGUCUCUCUCGCCCUCCCCCAGGCUGAGGUGCUGAGGUUGGGCUGUGGCUUGAGCUGCACCUGUGCCCUGUUAGGGAGUGGGGGUCCCAGGCCCAUCGCGUUUCUUCUCACUGCUGGCUCCAGCUCAACACUUGGCAGGCCCCCCUCCCCAAACUGCUGAAGCAAGCUCGCGUAGACUCGGCCUGGCCGCCGCUCCCGGGCUGCCGAGUGGACCGGCCAUUUCGCCGCUUCAAAGGCUGUCUUUGUUUUGCUCCAGCUCAAGCUUAGAGAACUUAAGCCAACAACCUCAGCCGAGGGGGCGGGGCGGCGUCUGCUGGUUGUUAUUGAGGCUGCUGUUACCAUUAUUGUGGUAAUUGACGCAGUGUUCCCAGUCGGUGACUUUUCAUGAAAGGAAGUGUCACUUCCUUCCCAUCACACCCAGGGUGAGUGGGGCGGGCAGCAGAAAGAUGGGGAGGGAGAGAAGGAAAGGGGUGUGUGCCUCCAGCAGACCCUUAAACUUGAGAGCUGUAUGGCCUUGUACUAGUCACUGCCCCUCUCUGGGCAACAGGGGUCUGUAAGUCCAUUGCGCUCAUCCUGCACCCAGGAGGCUGAUGUUUCCGGAGCACCUGCUGGGCAGCGAGGUGCCUUGGGGAGGGAGCAGGACAGGCAGGCCUCUGAUCUUCUCACUGAGCCUGGCUGUGGUUUGUGGGGGAAGCCUCCUUUCUCUUCUCACUUUUUUCUGCUGAGAACAUUGGGCACAUUGAGUCUAGCACGCCCAUCUUGUAGAUGGGGAAAGGGAGAUACAGAAGCAGUGACCAACUUGGUAAGAGGUGCAGCCAUGCGGUGCUGGAGCCCCUUGCCCCAUCUGUCCUCUUGGCCCACUCUCAUCUGCUUCCAGCUUGAUGUCUGGCAGGGCAGGGGCCCACUGACUUCCCCACAUCCACCCACUGCCUGGCCCCAUAGCUACCUUCUAGUCCUGGCUAAGCCCCGUGAGACAUCUUAAGUUUGUCUUCAGUGACUCUCAACCACCGCCCGACUGCCUUCACCUUCCUGCCUUUGCAUACCUGCCUUUGCUUCGCCAGGUUGGUUGGGCCCUGGCCAGAGCUGGCCCCCUACUCUCUCAGGUAACAGGUAGCAGUUUUUUAAAUGGAAUCUCAGUAGGUAUCAACAGGUCUUUCCUCCUUCCUCAAGAUUAUGGAGAUAACACCCCUUAUUCAAAGAUGGUGGGUCCUCUGGGCCCUCCCCCACCCAGGCCAGGGAAGUUGAUUCAUAGAGUGUGGGGGCCAUGCCCCUUCCCAGCCCUCCCCCUCUCCCCGCUGCUGCCCAGCUCUCUGACCAGCCCCCUCCCAUCCCUGAGCCUGGAUGCCUUAGCAGUCAACACAGACCUGCUCUUGUUAGCAGAGUGACAGGAGCGAUGUGCUGGGAAACUGCACAUCUACUUGGGGAAAGGGGACGAGUUUGCAUCCUCUGAGCGCAGAUAAGGAACUUGAGGUCUCCCUGCUCCCAUUAGAAAGAAAAAAAUCUCUAGCUCUCAGGGAUCAGCGUCUCUCAGGAGUCAGACUACCCUGGUUCUGAAUCCCAGCUCUGCCAUGGAUAAGCUCCGUGGCCCCAGGCAAGUUACUGAACCUCUCUGAGCCUCAGACAGUAUAUCUGUUAUAUCUGGAUGGCUGGGAAGAUUCAGCAAAGCAAUGUUGUAUGAGAUGCCUAGCCCACACCAGCCAGGGCACUGAUUUGAGUCGGUGGAGCAUGUAACUUGAGAACAAGUAGACCUAUGGGAGCAUCCUCUACUGGAGGCAGUGACAGACUAACAUCUUCAGUGCUGGAGUUUUAGGAUCUGGGAGUUGAGCUUGACUCAGACAGGAGCUAUGGAGUUAGAAAGAAAUCAGACUCAUAGCACAGGAAGAGCCUCAGGCAAUCCUCCUGCACAGCACCCUGCCGCACCCCCUCUCUGCCUAGUGAGGGACUGGGUCACUAGGAGCCCAGGCUCAUCUUCUGGCACAGCCACCUAGCCUGCCUCGGCCCUCUUCCCAGCAGUGAAAUGAGGAAAUCGCAGGGGGGCUUUUGUGGAGUGAACUACUGUUAUCAGGGUUUUUCUAACACCAUUUUCUAGCUGCACAAAACUCAAGGAACAAACUAGGAAUAAACCUCCCCAAGAAAGCACAGGGGCUUUUUAAGAAGGAACUUCUGAGGACUGCAGAGGGAAACCUGAAUUAUGGAGACACAUGGUCCUGAAAAGAAAGAUGCAAUACUGUAAAGGUAUUAUUUCUCCUCAAAGUGGUUUCUAAAUUUAAAUGCAAUCAAAGCCCCAGUAGUGGGGGUUUUUUGUUUGUUUGUUUGUUUGUUUUGGAGACGGAGUCUCUGUCACCCAGGCUGGAGUGCAGUGGCCUAAUCUCAGCUCACUGCAACCUCCACCUCCUGGGUUCAAGCAAUUCUCCUGCCUCAGCCUCCUGAGUAGCUGGGAUUAUUGGCGUGUGCCACCACGCCCGCUAAUUUUUGUAUUUAUAGUGGAGAUGGGGUUUCACCAUGUUGGCCAGGCUGGUCUCGAACUCCUUACCUCAAGUGAUCUGCCUGCCU